CAGAUCCCUGAUAAAGAGCUCUUGGAGUCAUGAUUGCAGCACAGUUUCUGUCUGUUCUCACUUUGGUGUUGCUUCUGACUAAAGAAAGCAGAGCCUGGUCUUACAAUACCUCCACCGAAAACAUGACUUACGAUGAGGCAAGUGUGUAUUGCCAAAAGUGGUACACCCAUCUGGUGGCCAUUCAAAACAAAGAAGAGAUUCAGUACUUGAACUCCAUCUUAAGCUAUUCGCCAAGUUACUACUGGAUUGGAAUCAGAAAGGCCAAGGGCGUGUGGAUUUGGGAAGGGACCCAGAAACCUCUGACCAAAGAAGCUGAGAACUGGGCUCCAGGAGAACCAAACAAUAAGCGAAACAACGAGGACUGUGUGGAGAUCUACAUCAAGAGAGACAAGGAUGUGGGCAUGUGGAAUGAUGAGAGUUGCAACAAAAAGAAGCUUGCCUUGUGCUACACAGCUGCCUGUACCAAUACAUCCUGCAGCGGCCAUGGGGAUUGUGUGGAGACCGUCAAUAACUACACUUGCAAGUGUGACCCGGGCUUUGAGGGACCCCACUGCGAGCAGGUUGUGACCUGUGAAGCACAGAAAGCCCCUGAGCAUGGGGGCCUGGUUUGCACCCACCCAUGGGGAGACUUCAGCUACAAUUCUUCCUGCUCAGUCACUUGUGAAAGGGGCUAUCUCCCCAGCAACAUGGAGGCCACCCAGUGCACCUCCUCUGGAAAGUGGAGUGCUCCUACACCAGCCUGCAAUGUGGUUGAGUGUGCUGCGUUGACAAGUCCUGCCAACGGAAGCAUGGAUUGUUUCCAAAGCCCUGGAAGCUUCCCAUGGAACACCACCUGUGCAUUUGACUGUGAAGAAGGAUUUGACCUGAUGGGCGCCCCGAGCCUCCAGUGCACCUCAUCCGGGUCCUGGGACAGCCAGAGGCCAACGUGUGAAGCUGUGACCUGUGGCGCCAUCAGACAGCUUCAGAAUGGCUCUGUGGACUGCAGCCAGGCCCCUGCUGGAGAGUUCACCUUCCAGUCCUCAUGCCGCUUCACCUGUGACGAAGGUUUCACGUUGCAGGGAGCAGCCCAGGUUGAGUGCACUGCACAAGGGCAAUGGACACAACAGAUCCCAACUUGUGAAGCUCUACAGUGCAAAGCCUUGUCCAGUCCGGAGAGAGGCCAUGUGAACUGUCUUCCUAGUGCAUCUGGAAGUUUCGAAAGUGGGUCCAGAUGUGAGUUCUCCUGUGAGCAGGGAUCUGUGUUGAAGGGAUCCAAAAUGCUUCAGUGUGGCCCCACUGGGGAGUGGGACAAUGACAGACCCAUAUGUGAAGCUGUGAAAUGUGGAGCUGUCAGCCAGCCCCAAAGCGGCUCGGUGACGUGUACCCAUUCGCCCGCUGGAGAAUUCACCUACAAGUCCUCCUGUGCAUUCAGCUGUGGGGAAGGCUUUGAGUUACGUGGAUCAGCUCAACUUGAGUGCACGUCUCUGGGACAGUGGACACAGGAAGCCCCCUCCUGCCAAGCGGUACAGUGUUCACAUCUGGCAGUUCCUGGGAAAAUCAACAUGAGCUGUAGUGGAGAGCCUGUGUUUGGGACCAAAUGUACAUUUGUAUGUCCCGAAGGGUGGACACUCAAUGGCUCUGCAGUGCUGACGUGCGGUGCCUCAGGACACUGGUCUGGGAUGUUGCCCAGCUGCGAAGCUGCCGCUCAGUCCAUUGUUCCCUUGACAGUUGGUCUUUCUACUGCUGGAACCUCCCUUCUGACAUUAACUUCAUUUCUCCUCUGGCUCAUGAAACGCCUCCGGAAGAAAGCAAGACAAUUUGUUCCCCAGCAGUUACUAUAACUCGGAACUGACUCCAGAGUCAAUUUAAGUUCAAAGGCAUCAGGAACAGAUGGUAUCUCAGGGAACUGAAGUGGUGCACCGAAGCAGCUGAGAGAAUGUUCUCCGUGGACCUCUGGCAAUUCUCAC